CAGGUCAUUGAGGGCUAAUGAGUAAAUGCUGAAAUCCAAAAACUUACAGAUCAAGAGAGGGGAGGUUUAUAGAUCUGAAGCAGCGCAGGGCGCUCGUCGCCGGCGAUGGCUUCCCCGCGAAUCCUCCCUUCUUCUCCUCUCCAGAGGCUCGCCACAAUGAAGGAAGCAAACCCUAAUACGUCCAAUUCAGGCUCUUCUUCCGCCACCGCAUCGUCCAUCCUAGAGACCUUUGCCUCAGACCCCAUCUUCUCCGCCUUCCUCUCUCCCGACUUCGACUCAGCUCGCUUCUCUUCCCAAGCCCUAAGCUCCGGAUCCGCCGCUUCUUGCGCUGAAAGCCUACAAGAAGCCAUCCGCCUCCUCCAAAAAGAUCUCCGCGCUGAAGUCCUCGCACGCCACCCCGCUCUCCUCUCUCAACUCUCCUUCCUCUCCGAAGCGGAGACCUCCCUCUCCUCUGUACGCUCCUCCGUCUCCUCUCUUCAAUCCUCACUUCGCCAAGCUCGCCAGGAACUCGCCGAGCCCCUCCAUCUCGUCCGCGCCCACACUGUCCAGCUCUCGAAUCUACAUGCUGCUGCAGAUCUCCUUAACUCCUCUUCUCGCCUCUUGCGCCUUUCGAAGAAGCUCCGAGAUGUCAUGGCCCAACCCGCCGACCGCCUAGAUCUCGCCAAGGCCGCUGAGAUGCAUCGCGACAUCGAGCUCCUUUACGAAGAGCGCGGCCUCUCGGGCAUCUCCGUCGUUGAGGACGAGAUCCGCUGGCUUUUGGAGACCGGAAACCAGCUGCGGUCUCAGGCGAUGAAAGCUGUUGAAAGAGGCAUGGACGAGCAUAACCAGAAUGAUAUAUGGUGUGGCCUUCAAGUGUUUUAUAAUCUGGGGGAAUUGAGAUCGACUGUAGAUCAAUUAAUUAGCAAAUAUAAGACGUCAGGGGUGAAAAGCGUUGGUUCUGCGCUGGAUAUGAAGGCGAUCUCAGCGACCGGGGGGUUUUCUGGGCCAGGAGGCGUACACAGGAGCGGCAUGCCGCAAAUUGGGGGAGGGAAGAAGCCCGGAGAGGCUCUUUGGGAGAGGAUGGGUCGAUGCAUGGAUGAUUUGCAUAAGGUAGUGACGGCAGUGUGGCAAUUGCAGACCGUGCUGUCGAAGAAGAGGGUUCCAUUCACGCAGGUCUUGUUCUUACAUGAAGUUUGGCAGGAGGACGAUCCUCUUUUGACGGAUCGAGUUUGGGACGCAAUUAUUAAAUCUUUUGCGAACCAAAUGAAAUCAGCUUUUAACACUUCGAGUUUUGUCAAAGAAGUUUUCACCGCUGGGUAUCCGAAGCUUUUUACUAUGGUUGAGAAUCUUCUCGAAAGGAUUUCGCGUGACACAGAUGUAAAAGGGUUCUUUCCUGCUGUUACACUGGAUGGGAAGGAUCAAAUGGUUGCGGCCAUUAACAUAUUUCAGAUGGCCUUUCUGGCUCUUUGCCUUGGCCGCCUUUCAGAUUACGUUAAUAGUAUAUUUCCAGUAUCGAGCCGGGGUAGUAUUCCAUCGAAGGAACAGAUUUCGAGACUCAUACUGAGAAUACAAGAGGAGAUUGAGGUCGUCAAACUACGUGGGCGCUUGAUGCUUCUCGUUCUGCAUGAAAUUGGCAAAGUUCUAAUUUUGGUAGCGGAGAGAGCUGAAUACCAGAUAUCUGCUGGUCCUGAAGCCCGUCAAGUAACAGGUCCUGCAAAUCCAGCACAGCUAAAAAACUUCGCUCUCUGUCAACAUCUGCAAGAAAUCCAUAUUCGCAUCUCCGCCAUAACAUCCUCCCUCCCAACAGUCGCUGAUGAAGUUCUCUCCCCUUCGCUCGGCGUCAUCUAUGGAGUCGCUUGCGACUCCGUGACAUCCCUUUUUCAAUCCAUGCUCGACCGCCUCGAGUCCUGCAUCCUUCAAAUCCAUGAUCAGGACUUCGGAUCACAUGGCAUCGACUCAUCAAUCGAUAACCAUGCUUCUUCUUACGUGGACGAGCUCCAAAAAUGCGCUGUUCACUUCCGAAAUGAAUUCCUAUCGAAGCUUCUGCCCGCCUCCACCUCCCGGUCAGAGACGAUAUGCACUGAUCUUGUCCGCCGAAUGGCUUCUCGUGUUCUGAUAUCGUUCAUCAGGCAUGCUGCUUUGGUUCGGCCUCUGUCCGAGUCUGGAAAACUGAGGAUGGCGAGAGAUAUGGCGGAGCUCGAGUUGGCGGUCGGCCAAAACCUGUUUCCGGUGGAGCAGUUGGGAGCUCCGUAUCGAUCCCUUCGAGCUUUCCGUCCCAUGAUCUUCUUGGAGACAUCUCAGCUUCAGGGUUCACCGUUGCUUAAUGAUUUGCCGGCGAGUGUGAUACUUCACCACCUCUUCUCUCGAGGCCCAGAUGAGUUGCAGUCGCCUAUGCAGAGAAACAAGCUCACCCCUCUGCAGUAUUCUUUGUGGCUUGAUUCCCAAGGAGAGGAUCAGGCAUGGAAAGGUAUCAAAGCAACCUUAGAUGAUUAUGAGAUGAAGGUUAGGGGUAGAGGAGACAAGGAGUUUAGUGCUGUUUAUCCUCUCAUGCUGCAAAUUGGUUCUUCUAUCUCAAUGGGCAUUUCAUCCCAUUAAUGAUUUUUGUUAUGUUAGGCUUUUUGUUAAUCAGAGUGGAGAGCUUUUUUUUCUUGUUGUAGAUAAGGUUCAUGUAGUCAUUUCUAUGAGCUUAAAAUUGCAUUGAUUAUUUUGGAGAAACUUUGCACUUUCAAUACAGAUGAUUUUUGUUGUAAUCUAUUUGUUUUAUACAUUUUGUUGGUUCAUGUC